AUGGUUUCUGACACUGAGAACAAGGUUCCUCACUUUGAGAACAAGGUUUCUCACUCUGAGGACAAGGUUUCUCACUCUGAAGUCAAGGUUCCUCACACUGAGGACAAGUUUCCUCACUCUGAGGACAAGGUUCUUCACUCUGAGGACAAGGUUCCUCGCUCUGAGGACAAGGUUCCGUCCUCUGAAGGCAGGUUCCUCAGACUGAGGACAAGGUUCCUCGCUCUGAGGAAAAGGUUCCUCACUCUAAAGUCAGGUUCCUCACCCUGAGGACAAGGUUCCUCACUCUGAGGACAAGGUUCGUCACACUGAGGACAAGGUUCCGCACUCUGAGAAGAAGGGUCCUCACUCUGAGGACAAGGUUCCUCACUCUGAGGACAAGGUUCUCCACUCUGAGGAAAAGGUUCCUCACACUGAGGACAAGGUACCUCACUCUGAGGACGAGGUUACUCACACUGAGGACAAGAUUCCUCAUUCUGAGCACAAGGUUCCUCACUCUGAGGACAAGGUUUGUCACUCUGAGGAAAAGGUUCUUCACACUGAGGACAAGGCUCCUCACUCUGAGGACAAGGUUCCUCACACAGAGGACAAGGUUCUUCACUCUGAGGAGAAGGUUUCUCGCUCUGAGGAAAAGAUUCCGCAGUUUGAAGGCAGGUUCCUCACACUGAGGACAAGUUUCCUCGUUCUGAGGACAAGUUUCCUCACUCUGAGGACAAGGUUCCUCACACUGAGGACAACGUUCGUCUCUCUAAGGACAAGGUACCUAACUUUGAGGACGAGGUUCCUCACACUGAGGACAAGGUUCAUCACAAUAAGGACAAGGUUCCUCACUCUGAAAACAAGGUUCCUCACUCUGAGAACAAGUUUCCUCAAUCUGAGAACAAGGGUUGCUCAAUCUUAGGACAAGGUUCCUCCCACUGAGGACAUGGUUCCUCACACUGAGAACAAGGUUCCUCACUCUGAGAACAAGGUUCCUCGCACUGAGGACAAGGUUCCUCACUCUGAGGGCAAGGUUCCUCAAACUGAAGACACGUUUCCUCACUCUGAGGACAAGGAUCUUCACUCUGAGGACAAGGUCCUCACUCGGAGGACAAGGUACUCACUCUGAGGACACGAUUCCGCCCUCUGAAGGCAGGUUCCUCAGAAUGAGAACAAGGUUCCUCACUCUGAGGACAAGGUUUCUCACUCUGAGGACAAGGUUCCUCACUCUGAAGUCAGGUUCCUCACUCUGAGGACAAGUUUGUUCACUCUGAGGACAAGGUUCUUCACACUGAGGACAAGGUUCCGCACUCUGAGAAGAAGCUUCAUGACUCUGAAGACAAGGUUCUUCAUUAUGACGACAAGGUUCCUCACUGUGAGGAAAAGGUUCCUCACACUGAGGACAAGGCUCCUCACUCUAAGGACAAGGUUCCUCACUCUGAGGACAAGGUUCUUCACUCUGAGGACAAGGUUCCUCACCCUGAGGACAAGGUUCCGCACUCUGAAGGCAGGUUCCUCAAACUGAGGACAAGAGUCCAGGUUCUGAGGACAAGGCACCUCACUCUGAGGAAAAGUUUCCUCACUCUGAGGACAAGGUUCGUCAUUCUGAGGACAAGGUUCCUCACACUGAGGACAAUGUUCCUCACUCUGAGGACUGGGUUGCUCACUCUGAGGACAAGGUUCCUCACUGUGAGCACAAGGUUCUUCACACUGAGCACAAGGGUCCGCACUCUGACAACAAGCUUCCACACUCUGAGGCAAGGUUCCUCACUCGGAGGACAAGGUUCCUCACACUGAGGACAAGCCUCCUCACUCUGAGGACAAGACUCCUCACUCUGAGGACAAGGUUCCUCUCAAUGAGGACAAGGUUCGUCACUUUGAGAACAAGGUUGCUCACCCUGAGAACAAGGUUCCUCACUCUGAGGACAAGGUUCCUCCAUCUGAGGACAAGGUUGCUCACACUGAGGACAAUGUACCUCACUCUGAGGACAAGGUUGCUCACUUUGAGUACAAGGUUCCUCAAUGUGAAGACAAGGUUUCCUCACUCUGAGGACAAGGUUCCUCACUCCGAGGACAAGUUACCUCACUCUGAGGACGAGGUUCCUCACACUGAGGACAAGGUUCCUCACUCUGAGGACAAGGUUCUUCACUAUGAGGACAAGGUUCCUCACCCUGACGACAAGGUUCCGCACUCUGAAGGCAGGUUCCUCACACUGAGGACAAGAUUCGAGGUUCUGAGGACAAGGCUCCUCACUCUGAGGACAAGUGUCCUCACACUGACGACAAGGUUCCUCACUCUGAGGACAAGGUUCCUCAUUCUCAGGACAAGGAUCCUCACACUGAGGACAAUGUUCCACACUGUGAGCACAAGGUUCUUCACACUGAGCACAAGGGUCCGCACUCUGACAACAAGGUUCCUCACUCUGAGGACAAGGUUCCUCAAUCGGAGGACAAGGUUCCUCACACUGAGGACAAGCCUCUUCACUCUGAGGACAAGGUUCCUCACAAUGAUGACAAGUUUCCUCGUUCUGAGGACAAGUUUCCUCACUCUGAGGACAAGGUUGCUCACGCUGAGGACAAGGUUCCUAACUCUGAAGACAAGGUUCCUCACUCUGAGGUCAAGUUUCCUCACUCUGAGGAAAACGUUCCUCACGUUGAGGACAAUGCUCCUCACUCUGAGGACAAGCCUCCCCACUCUGAGGACAAGGUUCCUCAUUCCGAGGAGAAGGUUCCUCACUCUGAGGACAAGGUUCCUCACACUGAGCACAAGUUUCGUCACUCUGAGGACAAGGAUCUUCACUCUGAGUAAAGGUCCUCACUCGGAGGAUAAGGUACUCACUCUGAGGAUAAAGUUCCGCCCUCUGAAGGCAUGUUCCUCAGACUGAGGACAAGGUUCCUCGCUCUGAGGACAAGGCUCCCCACUCUGAGCAAAAGGUUCCUCACACGAAAGGCAAGGUUUCUCACUCUGAGAACAAGGUUCCUCACUCUGAGGACAAGGAUUCUCACUCUGAGGAGAAGUUCCUUACUCUGAAGCCAGGUUCCUCACUCUGAGGACAAGGUUCUUCACACUGAGGACAAGGUUCCGCACUCUAACAAUAAGGUUCCUCACUCUGAGGACAAGGUUUCUCACACUGAGCACAAGUUUCGUCACUCUGAGGACAAGGAUCUUCACUCUGAGUAAAGGUCCUCACUCGGAGGACAAGGUACUCACUCUGAGGACAAAGUUCCGCCCUCUGAAGGCAGGUUCCUCUGACUGAGGACAAGGUUCCUCGCUCUGACGACAAGGUUCCUCACUCUGAGGACAAGGCUUCUAACUCUGCGGAAAAGGUUCCACACACAGAGGACAAGGCUCCUCACUCUGAGGACAAGGUUCCUCACUCUCAGGAACACGUUCCUCACACUGACGACAAGGCUACUCUCACUGAGGACAAGGCACCUCACUCUGAGGACAAGGUUCCUCACUCUGAGGAGAAGGUUCCUCACUCUGAGGAUAAGGUUCCUCACUCUGAAAACAAGGUACCUCACUCUGAAGACGAGGUUCCACACACUGAGGACAAGGUUCCUCACACUAAGGACAAGGUUCCUCACUCUGAAAACAAGGUUCUUCACUCUGAGAACAAGGUUCCUCACUCUGAGAAAAAGGGUUUCUCAAUUUGAGGACAAGGUUCCUCACACUGAGGACAAUGCUCCUCACUCUGAUAACAAGGUUCCUCGCUCUGAGGACAAGGUUCUUCACUCUGAACGCAGGUUCCUCACACAAAGGACAAGGAUGCUCACUCUGAAGGCAGGUUCCUCACACUGAGGACAAGGUUCAUCACUCUGAAGGCAGGUUCCUCGCACUGAGGACAAGGUUCCUCACUCUGAGGACAAGGUUCCUCACUCUGAGGACAAGGUUCCUCACUCUGAAGGCAGCUUCCUCACAUCGAGGACAAGGUUUCUCACUCUGAGGACAAGGUUUCUUACUCUGAGGACAAGCUUCCUCACUCUGAAGGCAGGUUCUUCACUCUGAGGACAAGGAUUCCAAUUCUGAGGACCAAGUUCCUCACUCUGAGUAAAAGGUUCCUCACACUGCGGAGAAGGUUCCUCACACUGAGGACUAGGUUCCUCACUUUUAGAACAAGGUUCGACACUCUGACGACAAGGUUCUUCACUGUGAAGGCAGGUUCCUCACUCUGGGGACAAGAUUUCCCACUCUCAAGACAAGGUUCCGCACUCUGGGGACAAGGUUCUUCACUCUGAAGGCAGGUUUCUCACCCUGAGGACAAAGUUCCCCACUCUCAGGACAAGGGUUCUCCCCCUGAGGACAAGGUUCUUCGCUCUGUGGACAAGGUUCCUGACUCUAAGGACAAGGUUCCUCACACUGAGGACAAGGUUCCUCACUCUGAGGACAAGGUUGCUCACACUGAGGACAAGUUUCCUCACUGUGAGGACAAGGAUCCUCACACUGAGGACAAUGUUCCUCACUCUGAGGACAAGGUUCCUCACACUGAGGACCAGGUUCCUCACUCUGAGGACAAGGUUGCUCACUCUCAGGACAAGGUUCCUCACUGUGAGGACAAGGUUCCUCACACUGAGGACAAGGUUCCUCACUCUGAGGAAAAGCUUCUUUACACCGAGGACAAGGUUCCUCACACUGAGGACAAGGUUCCUCACUCUGAGAACAAGGUUCCUCACACUGAGAACAAGGUUCCUCACAUUAAGGACAAGGUUCCUCACUCCGAAAACAGGGUUUCUCACUCUGAGGGCAAGGUUCCUCACUCUGAGGACAAGGUUCCUCACUCUGAAGUCAGGUUCCUCACUCUGAGGACAAGGUUCGUCACUCUAAGUCAAGGUUCCUCACUCUGAAGGCAGAUUCCUCACACUGAGGACAAGGUUCCUCAAUCUGUGGACAAUGUUCAUCACUCUGAGAACAAAGUUCCUCACCCUGAGGACAAGGUUCUUCACACUGAGGACAAGGUUCCUCAAUCUCAGGACAAAGUUACUCCUUUUGAGGACGACGUUCCUUAUACUGCGGCCAAGGUUCCUCACACUGAGGACAAGGUUCCUCACUCUGAGAACAAGGUCCGUCACUCUGAGGACAAGGUUCUUCACUGUGAAGGCAGGUUCCUCACUCUGAGGACAAGGUUCGUCACUGUGAAGGCAUGUUCCUCGCUCUGAGGACAAGGUUCCCCACACUCAGGACAAGGUACCUCACUCUGACUCUGAGGACAAGUUUCCUUACUCUGAGGAAAAGGUUCCACACAAUGGGACGAAAGUUCCUCAGCCUGAUUACAAGGUUCCUCACACUGAUGAGAAGGUUCCUCACACUGAGAACAAAGUUCCUCACUUUGAGGACAAGGUUCCUCACUCUGAGGACAAGGUUCUUCACACUGAGGACAAGGUUUCCAAUUCUGAGGAUAAAGUUCCUCACUCUGAGGAAAAGGUUCCUUACACUGCGGACAAGGUUCCUCACACAGAGGACAAAGUUCCUCACUCUGAGAACAAGGUUCGGCACUCUGAGGACAAGCUCCUUCACUGUGAAGGCAGGUUCCUCACUCUGAGGACAAGAUUCCCCACUCUCAAGACAAGGUUCCGCACUCUGGGGACAAGGUUCUUGACACUGAAGGCAGGUUUCUCACAAUGAGGACAAAGUUCCCCACCCUUAGGACAAGGUUCCUCGCACUGAGUACAAGGUUCCUCAUUCUGAGGACAAUGUUCCUCACUAUGAGGACAUGGUUCCUCAAUCUCACGACAAAUUUCCUCACUCGGAGGUCAAGGUUCCUCACACUGAGAUCAAGUUUCCUCACUCUGAGGACAGGGUUCCUCACAAUGGGAAGAAAGUUCCUCCCUCUGAGGACAAGGUUCCUCACUCUGAGGACAAGGUUCCUCACUCCGAGGACAAGGUUCCUUACUCUGAGGACAACGUUCCUCACCCGAAGGUCAAGGUUCCUCACUCUGAGGACAAGGUUCCUCACUCUGAGGACAAGGUUCUUCACACUGAGGACAAGGUUCCCCCACAUUGA